GGUAAAUUCAACCACAAACUCUAAGUAUAAAUACACCACACACAAAUCUCACGCUAUCUCAAGCUGUCAUAUAUAUAUAAUUAUUCCACUCUUUCCAUGCUGCUUCGCUCUUGCCGUGUAAUCCCUCGAGAAACUCAUCGCAUUUUCAUUUCCAGAUCGAUCAGUUCGAGAAAGUUCGAAAUGGCGCCUCCGAUCUUGUCCUUGGCUCUUCCUUCAGAGACCGGUCGCGUUCUCAGCAUUCAAUCGCAUACUGUUCAGGGAUAUGUUGGAAAUAAAUCAGCUGUCUUUCCUCUCCAACUAUUGGGCUAUGAUGUUGAUCCAGUCAAUUCAGUACAGUUCUCAAAUCACACAGGAUAUCCAACCUUUAAAGGACAAGUUUUAAAUGGACAGCAACUAUGGGAGCUAAUGGAAGGCCUCAAAGCAAAUGACUUGCUGUAUUAUACUCAUUUAUUAACAGGCAUGCCAAAUGAAUUGCUGUGUUAUUUUAUUUAUUUAAUUAAUGAGAAAAUUCUUCUUCUAUUUAUUUGGAUUAGUUUUUGCUGUUAUUUUGCAGGCUAUAUUGGUUCUGUUUCAUUCUUGAACACCGUAUUGGAAGUUGUCAAGAAGCUUCGUUCUAUAAAUCCAAAACUUACAUAUGUUUGUGAUCCUGUUCUGGGUGAUGAAGGGAAGCUUUAUGUUCCACCAGAGUUGGUUGAAGUAUAUCGUGAGAAGGUUGUUCCAGUGGCUUCAAUGCUGACCCCUAACCAAUUUGAAGCAGAACAAUUGACUGGAUUCAGGAUUGUAUCUGAACAUGAUGGCCGGGAAGCUUGUAACAAGCUUCAUGCUGCUGGACCUGCAAAGGUUGUGAUAACAAGCAUCAAUAUAGAUGGUCACCUUCUUCUUAUUGGCAGUCAUGAAAAGGAAAAGGGCCAGUCUCCUGAUCAAUUCAAGAUUGUGAUACCCAAAAUUCCUGCAUAUUUUACAGGAACAGGGGAUCUAAUGACUGCGCUCCUGCUUGGAUGGAGUAAUAAACACCCAGAUGAUCUUGCAAAGGCAGCAGAGCUCGCAGUAUCAAGCUUGCAGGCAGUUCUGCAGAGGACGUUGGAUGAUUAUAAAACAGCUGGGUAUGAUCCCCAGUCAAGCAGUUUGGAAAUUAGAUUGAUCCAAAGCCAGGAUGACAUUCGCCACCCACAAAUUAAAUUUAAAGCUGAAAACUACUCCUAAAAUGGGUGGAAUUUCUGUGUUGGAAAUGUAUUUUAUUCUCGUAGCAAAUAAUUGGACACUCGUGGUUUUGUCCCACAAGCUAUUCCGUUGAAGGCAGUAAAAUUUUGCAUAUGGCAACGGUAGGAAAUAUUAUGUUUUUUUUAUAUUUAAUUUAGAAAUAGGAAAAAGGAAGGAAAGGAAUAUUUUAUAUGCAAAUGGAUGAACGAUGAAGGAUAAAGCCUUUUUCUUCUUCUUUUUUCUUC